AUGACCUCCGCUUUCGCGUUGGCUUUAGGUGCGAAGCCACGUGCGACCACUUCUGGCUCUGAAGAAGGGUCGCAUCGUCGAUGGGGUGGCCUAGAGCUGCCAGAAGCGACACCCGUUCCGGAUCGCAUGCGUAUUGCGUCAUCUUUUUCAAGACAGUACGCUGCGGUUCAAACAUUCGUGAAAGGUGCGGGCCUUUCGAUGACUGGCAAGACGCGAGCAAUCCUGGACGCGGUGUUGCGAGAAACCGCCGCUACCCAUCCUAAGCUCAUCUCUGACAAUGCCUUGAACGAGCUACAGGCCAUCGGACACGUUUCGAUUGAGCAGUCACUCUCUGUAUUGUCUUCCGUACUUGCCUCCGAGGAGACAGCAGUGCGGCUCGACUAUUGCACUCUAUUCGGCGAUCUGUGCGAGGUGGGGGAUGAGAUCAGGGUCGCAGUCCAAGAGAGUCUUGAGGGCUUCCACGAGAUUGAGUCCUUCACGAAUGUCCACGAGCCGCACGAGGUCGUCUUCGAGAUCUUCCGCAUUGCGGCGAAACGAGAAGCUUUGCUGCUUGAGAAUCAGAAACCUUACUGGCCAGACGUCCUGAAGAUCUGCGCUGCCAUCUUCACUAGACACAUCAGUACAGAAAGGUCAAGACUACUGGAUGAAGCAAAAGCACCGAUCACCCCGGGUUCUGUGGUUGUGACCGAGCAGUGGAGUGAGACCUCCAAAGUCUCCGCAAAAGGUCUCAAGCUUCGUCUCAAGGGUAGCGAGCUUACGAUGACCGACGAUGGCCUGAGCGAUCAUGAACGCGAUCUGCGAGCGACCAAGCAGAUCCACAUGAAGCAUUUCCAGAAGUGGCAAAAUCAAGGCAUCGAUUUUGAAGUCCAAGCUUCCAUGGCGUGGGACAUUCUGCAGCAGCAGAAGAAUCAAGCCGAGCGUGAGAAGGCUGGUAAGGCAGGGGACAUGAGCGCGUCUCAGAAAAAGAACGCUGCGAGGAAGAGGGCCAAGGCCAAGGCGGCGGAAAGUAAGGCAACAGAGGACGAUCAAGCGAGUGAGAAGCUGCGAGGCGAACCCACGGAAGGAGAUAUACCGGCUCCAGACUCAUCGGACUGA